AUGAAGAAGAAGAGGAGAGAGGAAGAACUACGGAAAGAAUUGGCCAAAACUAAUGAUCCAACCAAGGAGCUCGACCUUGUCAGCGAAUUGGGCUCCUUGUACAGAUUGAAUGGCGACAUGGAGGCUGCCCGAAAUUCCUACGAAAGAGGUGAUCGCGAACAGGCGCUGCAACAUGCUGAGUUUUUUCGAGAGACUGCUCAGAAAAGUGGAAGCUGUUCGCAAAUUCAACUUUCUUUACAUGUGACUGGAUGGAUCUAUGAAAAACUGAACAUGCAGCAGUCCCAUGACCCUAUCGAUCUUGAAAAGGCCCUGUCAUGGUGCAUCAAAAGUAUUGACUACAUUAAGAAAUUUGGCCACAGUAUUGAUGCGGAUAGGAAGGCAGUGAGGAUCGGUGGCGAUUCAGCACGUAGGAAAGCUGGUCUGAGUUCUGAAUGUUCUCGUAGUGAACGACGUAAAAUGUACGAACUGAUUGCGGAUUCAUUCUGCUCCUAUGGGAGCGAAAGAAAAGAAAUGCUUCAGCACGCGAUCAAGUUCUAUAAAAUGAUGUUGAAAGAGAGUUUUUCGGACAAAGAGAAGCUUAGCGCGGCAGUUUCGAUUGCCCAAACAUUUAUGGAUAUGGAAAUGUUUGAAGAAGCUCUAGACUGGUUCGUACAAGUGCUCGAUUUGGAAAAGAAAAUCGGGAAAUCUGAAACUAAGCUGCUCCAAACGCGAGUGAUAAUUUUUGAGGCAAAAUGUCGUUGCAAAAGUGUAUCGAAGACCACUGUUCAAAGCGAAUUCGAUCUUUUGAUUUCACAAAUACCAAGUGAACGUGAAUCCCUCAAGUCAGCGGUUUAUGGAGCUAUGAGUUGUUUCCUUGCUGAACAAGGGGAUCAGGUUGCAGCCAAUAUAUACCUCCAACGUUCCAAGCAAUUUGAAGCUGAAUCGGAUAUUAGCGAAUGUGAUGAAGACGAAGAUUGCGAGAACGUCACAGACGUCUUGGAUGCAAGGUCUGAUAGGGCUAUUCUUUCCGAGUGCAUGGAAAUGGCUCACUUGCAAAAUAGCGACCGUGAAAUAGAAAAAGAUCGAGACAAGGAAAAAAAUGCGCAUGGAGAGACACGACUUCACAUCGCAGCGCGUACUGCUGAUACCGUAAUGCUGGAAAAGCUCAUAGCAGCUGGAUACGAUGUUAAUAAACGUGACCACGGUGGUUGGACCCCUAUUAGUGAGGCGGUUUCAGCUGGAAUCCGGGACAACGUUCGCGUUUUGCUCAAAGCUGGUGCCGAAGUUGAUCCAGUAAGUACAGAAGUCCUUAACGAUGAUGAAAACUCGACCGGCGGUGGUAUCACUCCUUUGAUGGAGGCGUGUGAUAAGGGUUUCAUCGAGAUAGCUAGAGAUCUUCUUAACAAUGAGAAUGGCUUAUGUUUGCAGCGUAUCAUUGAAGGACUGGGUGCACAGUCAAGGAAGAAGGAAAAGCAUGUUGUCUCUUAUGAAGAAAGGGCGUUAAGCUUAGAGGAUGAUUUGAUAGUUCUUAAAUCACCAGCACGUACUGAUAUAGCACUUCCAUGGGACUGUGGUCAGGAGCAGCGAAAGGUGGGCGACUGCGGCGCCGAGAGCGAUACUCAUCCUUGCUAUCCUCCAGAGUUACCCCUUCUCUCAACUUCUAGAGCGAAGCGAGACGGAGUGCAGAAUAAUUAUUCUCCAUGCGAAAUCAUAGACGACAUUGUAAUUGCUGAUGAGCUGCGAUGCCGAAAAAGAAGAAAUCAAGACUCAUUGGAGGAGUCUAGCUUUCAAGUAAAGAAGCGAUCACAAGAAACAAAAUCAAAUACGGUUUCAUUUUCGGAUAGCGGUGUUCAGAAGCACUCAGCUGAUCUUACAAAAACUCCGAAAGCCCUAUCAAAUGUAAAUGCACAUAUUGUCGCAACUCUGAGAUUUGAAAAUGAACAAGGAGGAGUGCUUCGAGCUGAUAAAGUGGUCUCAUUUCCGAGAACAGCAACCAUGGCGAUCGCUCACGAUCGAUUCUGUUCAGAAUUAUCUGGUUAUGAAUCUAAGUUAUUCGAUAUUCGCCUAUCUGAUGGAAGAGAAGCGGACGCUAACGUACCUCUAACAUCUCUUGGCGAACCGCUUGUUAUCGUAUGCCGAUUGCACAAGCCUACUGCUGAAGUUCUCUAUAAGAGCAGGGCAGACAUCACUCUUGAUAUUCUCUCCGCUGUAGCUGCUAUAUUAUCUCGUGUUGAAGAGUUUAGCUGCAAAUACGUGGGUCUUCUGGACGAACAUCUCGCGAUAUUGUGCGGAGCCUCUCUUUAUCUUUCCAUUUCUUCUGUUGACUUGUCGCACAAUGAGUUAACUUCUGGUUUUUUACUGUCGAAAUUUAUCACAACCUGCAUUAAUUUGAACGAACUUCGGAUCUGCGACUUAGAUUUGACACUCGGCGAAGAAGAGGUCAUCACUAGUUUAUGCGGCGACUUUUUGUUAGCUCUACCAGUAGUGAAGUAUGUAAAACAGCGCUAG